AUGAGAUUGAAGAAGAGUUCUUGUUUUGUAUCUCAGUUUCUCUCUUUUUAGACAUUUUAAAAAUCCAUUUGUUAUAUCGUUGUCGUGCGCCAUGACGUGUAUUUGGACAUAUGCAGCUUAAAUAGGCCUACAUGUUUAGGACGAAAUUCGGUUGCGAAAUACCGGGCUGUUUGUAAAUAUUUAUUUAAAUAAUUUGUGUGAGGAGAGCAGGGUUUGACUGCUGCUCAAGUGAGUAAAACAGAGGAGGCCCAAGAUCCCCCUCACUGCAAGUUGGAUGGUGUUCAAAACAGCAGACACAGUGAAGGCUAAGAGCUGUCCAAGACUGAGCUGUCCACAGAGGGGAUCAAUGAUGGAAUUACAGAACCUCCAGGAGGCCCUGAAAGUGGAAAUACAGGUCCAUCAGAAACUUGUGGGCCAAAUGAAGCAGGAUCCACAGAAUGCUGAAUUGAAGAAGCAGCUCCAUGAGCUCCAAGCCAAGAUCACUGCUCUGAGUGAGAAGCAGAAAAAGGUGGUUGAGCAGCUGAGGAAAGAGCUGUUGCAAGACCAGACGGAGAGCCGAGCCCAGGCCCAGCACCCCCCACAGCCUGACGGGAAAGCGUCCACUCUGCCAUCAGCCCAGUUUCAGCCAGCUCUGCCCCCUCCCAACCUGAGCACCCCACAGACUACGGUGGCAGGCACACCGGUGAUCCCCAACAAAACUCUACCUCUGGUGCUGAAAGCUGCCACCCCCAGCAUGCCCACUUCUAUCGCAACACCACGGCCUUCUGUUGCCAUGGUUACCACCAUCAGCCACAUGCCCAAGCCCACUACACAGAGCUCAGAUCAGACACAGACCACACCUCUUGGCCUCCAGGCAACAGGCAAGCUGACCAGUCAGGGAACAGAGCCACUAAGGAUAGUCUCAAAGAAUGCUGUUGUUGUGCAGGCCACCACCCAGCCUAUCAAAGUUCCACAGUUUGUCCCUCCUCCCAGACUGACGCCUCGGCCCACCUUUCUACCACAGGUUCGACCUAGACCAGCCACGCCCGCCACCACAGUGCCCAUAGCUCCUGCCCCCACACCCACCUCCCUGACCCCAAUGCUGGCGGCUCCCCAGCUACUGCAGAGGCCCGUCAUGUUGGCAACAAAAUUCAGCGCUGGCUCCAUGCCCGCAGCCCCUGGCCCCAUCACGCAGCUCCGGAUCCUCAACGGCCAGUCCGGCGCCACCAUCACCAAGACCCUGACCACCACUCAGCUCACAGGCAUCGUCAUCACCACCCCGGCAACCAUUGCCCCCAUCCAACUGACCACAUCCCCUAUACAGCAGGCUAGCAUCAUCAGUGCUGAUGCUAAGGCUGAGAUCAUUCCGGAUGAAGCAGAGCCAAAUACCUCCCUGAGGGUGCCCACGUCCCCUUCUCCCGUCUCCGUGACGAUGCCUUCCCCUCCUCCUCCUCCCCCUCCCCCUCCCCCUCCCAAACAAGAGGAGAGUCCUGAGAAACUUGCCUUCAUGGUGUCCCUUGGUUUAGUAACCCAUGACCAUUUAGAGGAGAUUCAGAGUCGGAGGCAGGAGCGAAAGCGGCGCACCACAGCAAACCCAGUCUACAGUGGGGCUGUGUUUGAGCCUGAGCGCAAGAAGACAGCUGUGACCUACCUUAACACCCCUCUCCAUCAGGGCACCAGAAAGCGAGGUCGCCCUCCUAAAUACAGCAGUGUGUCGGAGUUGGGCCUUCAUCCCCCUGCCACCCCCACCGGCAGCCACUUGGCCCCUCAGGCCCCCAGGGGCCCCGACUCCGGGGGGCCUUCUUUACCCGUCCACCCACACACUCUUCCUCUGCCAAACCCCAGCUCUGGGGAUGGAGAUAUCCAUGAGGACUUCUGCACUGUGUGCAGACGCAGUGGUCAGUUGCUUAUGUGUGAUACAUGCUCACGUGUCUAUCAUCUGGACUGCCUGGAUCCACCCCUGAAAACCAUUCCCAAGGGCAUGUGGAUUUGCCCAAAAUGUCACGAUCAGAUGAUGAAGAAGGAAGAAGCAAUCCCAUGGCCUGGAACACUUGCCAUAGUCCAUUCAUAUAUUGCAUACAAAGCAGCAAAAGAGGAGGAGAAACAGAAACUGGUGAAAUGGAGUGAGGAUCUGAAGCAAGAAAGGGAGCAUCUGGAACAAAGAGUCAAACAACUGAGCAACUCAAUAACAAAAUGCAUGGAGACCAAGAACACAGUGCUUGCGCGGCAAAAGGAAAUGCAGGUGUCUCUGGAAAAAGUCAAAGGUCUGGUACGCCUCAUCCAAGGCAUCAGCCUCCCGCCCCUGCCUGACACACCAUCCAACCCCAACGGCAUCGCUAACGGUGAAACGGAGCAUCCAAGUUCCAAGCACACAAACUGUGGGAGCUUCAGUGACAACAUCAACGGCAACAGUAACAGCACGGACAUCUCAAAGAAUGACAACACAGAUGAGCGAGAGGAGCAAGAGAAGGAGGAUCUCAUCAACAGCACUGGCAACAGCAGUAACCUCAGCAAAGCCCCAGAGCCUCCUCAACCCCAGGCAAUACCCCCCAGACAUGUGGAGGGAGCCAAAUAACACCUAGCCAUUUAUGGACAACUGUGAUAUACCCGUCUAGGAAAACCCCUUCAGCACCUUAGUAAGGUGUCCAAAGUUGCCAAUCAAAGUACAGUUUCUUUUUUCAUCUUGUCAUUGAAAUGUCUGUGAGGAUGGGUGUUCCUGACUGCCAGUCAGGGAAACAGAGGGGUUUGUCCAGUACCAGCAGUAUGUCAUUUCAAGGUCUAAUAACGUCAGUGUAAAGGAUGAUCAUAAUGACUCUAAUGAACAAUGAUAGUAAUAAUAAUAGUAAUAAAGGUUUCAAACAUCA